AUGGCUAUACUGACAUUAUGGUAUCUUCAAGCAUAUCGUUCAGACUUAUCUGCCAAUCCAUCUUCACCUGCCUUCACAGUAUGUAAACGCGUACUAAACAAAUGUCAAGCACUAGUAUUUAACGGAAAGCAAGAUGAGAAUGAUAAAGUUACUACUGUUCCUGGAACACGAGAAAUGUUUCCACGACAAGUUCGUGAGAAUUCUUUCCCUGCUUUUGUUGGGAUUGGUGCGAUGCUUGCUGGUAUCGCUGCACCAAUGCUAACAAAGAGUGCUGGACAAAUUGCUAUAGCACAAGGAAGACGAACAAGAACUUUUAGUAACGUUGCAGGUGGGAUUGCUAGGAGACGUACUCAUGCUGGGAAUGUUCGGACUCCUAAACAAUCCGAGUUUCCAAAUGACAAUAUAUCAAAUGAAGAUUCUAUUCAACUUUUGAAUGACGAUUCAACAAUGUCGAAAAAGAAAGAUAAACAAUUAAAUGAAGAUUUGUAUCACAAGAACAAAAGCAAUGAGUCACCAGAAAUCCGGAUUGACUUAGCGUCAUCAACAAAAGAUGUACUUGUGGCUGAGGAUAUCAAAAAUAAGAUACAUCUAAUUAAAGAUGAACAAGACGUCUCUAAGAUUAAUGGACAAUCCAAACCAAAAUUUAUCAAAGGUCAUAAGAAAAGUUUAUCACGAUCAGCUUCUUCAUCUCUUCCACACAGACAUAAUGGACUGAGCAGUGCUAUGUUUACAUCCCCAUCACUUGAUGAUUUGCAAAAGGGAAGUGCUUUUUCAGUGAAGCAAUAUUCAAAACCUCGACCACAAUCUGCAGAUUUUCCGUUAUCUAGUGUUGAACAGGAUGGUUAUUAUGACGACGAUGAUAUAGAUAUUUUCGAUCCUACUUUAUUAGAUGAAUUGGAAGAUUAUAGUCCUGAACGGCGAAGGCGUCUUCUCAAGGGAAAUUAUUUUCAAUCAGAACCGCAAUUCCUAUUAGCACUUCAAGAUAUUUCAACAAGAUUAAUUAUUGUUCCGCGAGAAGCAAGGCAAAGCACUUUAAGAGCUGAAUUGACAUUAUUAAAUCAUAAUUUACCAGCAGAAAUCUGCAUACCAUUAUGGUGCCCUGCAACUGCUGAGAAUCCAUGUCAUCAUCGUGUAGUCAGGAUAUCGCCGGCUGAUGCAGUGGUGUUAAACUCAGCUGAACGGGUACCUUAUUUAUUAAUGGUAGAAGUCCUUGAAGGGGAAACGAAUUUUGAUAUGUCCAGAAUGCAAGCUCAAAAAUCAUUAAACCGUUUACUUCAUGAUGAAAAACGGAAAAAAAGCUCUACUGAUACUUCAAUAUCAACAGAUGCACCAAAAAAUAAGGACGAUAUAAAUAAAAUAGUUAUAGAACAUUCUGAGGAAUCUACGGAUAGCCUAAAUAAACAAGACACGGAAUGUUCUCAUAAUAAAUUAAAAGACACAUCAGAUGCAAACGAUAACAUUGGCGAAAAACCCAUAGGGAGUGAAUGCAAUUCCACAAAUAAGAGUGAUAGCAUCAAAGCUGAUGAUAUCGGAGAUCCCCCAUUAAUUGCUAAAAUAUCUGCACCUCCACGUAGUUUACCAAAAACACGGUCGUCCAGGCGCACUGCGUCAAUUGACAGGCUCCCACCUCUAAUUUCUCUUGAUGAAAAAGGUGCACAACCCUUGAUAAUUGAGCCUUAUCCACAAACAAUUGAUACUUUAUCACAAUCGAAAGAUGUAUCAUCUGUUCCAUACACCCUUACCACUUCAACUCUACCAGAAUCAAAUAGCCAAUAUUUCAAGCAAGUUAUUAAUCGUCGACAGUCCAAUUCAGCAGAUGAAUUUGCUGAAAGAAUGCGUACAGCUGCAGUCAUGCUUGCGCAAUUGAAUACAGCGCAACAGGUGCGCACAUCUUCCGCUGGUGAAACAAUGCAAAGGACUAGAGCUGAUACUGAAGCAAUAAAGAAAAAAAUAAUUAGUGAAAUGAUGUAUUUAGAGGAACAAAGAAUGUUAAAAAUGACAACUCAGGGUGUUACUAGUGUAGUUGGUAACGGUGAAGGUGGAGGUGAUGAAAUGUUGGAAGACGAAAAACACGUAUUGAUAGCCUUCAAUAAAGAUGAUCCAAGUGCUGCUGUAUUUAGUGAGGAUUGGGAGACAAAAAAGGAACGCAUUCGUAAGUCUUCUCCUUUUGGAAAUCAUUCAAACUGGCGUCUAUUGUCAGUCAUUGUAAAAACUGGCGCAGACUUGCGUCAAGAACAAUUGGCAUGUCAACUGAUUCGUGAAAUGCAGAGAAUAUGGCAAAAAGCUAAAAUUGGCGUAGUACUUGCAACAUCUGACAAUUCAGGAUUGAUAGAAACAAUUCAAAAUACCAUUUCAGUCCAUUCGAUCAAAAAAGAUGCGUAUGCAAAAAGGUUAGAUGAAAAAGGGUUUAUAUUCACUUUAUUUGACUAUUUUGUGAAGACAUAUGGUGAUGUUUCAUCAGAAUCAUAUUUACGUGCUCAAGAUAAUUUUAUGAGAAGUUUGGCAGCUUAUUCUAUUGUUUGUUACAUUUUGCAAGUGAAGGAUCGUCAUAACGGCAAUGUCUUAUUGGAUACCGAAGGCCACUUGAUACAUAUCGAUUUUGGAUUCAUGCUCUCGAAUUCGCCUGGUUCUGUCGGAUUUGAGCUUGCUCCUUUCAAGCUUUCACAGGAGUAUUUGGAUAUUCUUGGUGGGGUAACUAGUAAGAAAUUUACGGAAUUCAAAACGCUGUUCAAACAAGCUUUUCUUGAACUGCGCAAACAUGCUGAUAACUUGAUAUUAUUAGUUGAGAUGAUGUCCAAAGAUUCGAAGCUUCCUUGUUUUCUUUCGGGUUCGGCCUCUCAUCUCCAUGAAAGGUUCCAAGUUCCUCUUACUGAACCGCAGUUUGAUGAAUUUGUUGAAAAGUUGAUUAUGCAAAGUUGUUGUAAUGUGUUUACCCGAUUGUAUGAUACUUUUCAAUAUUACUCUAAUGGAAUUCUAUAA